ACACAGGAACAGCCUACGUGUUUUCCUCCUGAGGUAAAGUGCACUGUGCGUUUCCUCACACGUCUGGCAAUGGAUCUAAAGCUUCGCAGCUUCGCCCCUUGUGUUUGAGCUGAUUUUAAAAUCCAGUCCCUUCACUGUUGUUAUCCACAUCCUCAUCAUCAUCAGACCCAGCGGGAGCAGAGAGGAAGAAGAAGAUGGGGUGCUGCUCGGCACGAUGCAUGCUGAUCCUCCUGUGUUGCCUGCAGUUGAUAACUGCGCUGGAGAGGCAGGUGUUCGACUUCCUCGGCUACCAGUGGGCUCCCAUCAUGAUCAACUUCUUUCACAUCAUCGUGGUCAUCCUGGGCCUGUUUGGUGUCAUCCAGUACAGACCACGUUAUGUUAUUAUGUACCUGCUGUGGACGUUGUUGUGGGUUGGCUGGAAUGUCUUUGUUAGCUGUCUCUACUUGGAUCUGGGAGGGCUUUCAAAGGACAGCGAUAUACUCUCCCUGGGAGUGUCGUCGCAUCGCUCGUGGUGGAAGGACAACGGGCCGGGGUGCGAGAGCGAGGGCCUUCCCUCCGCCGGGUGGCAGAACCAGCAGAACCCGGAGCUGACCACCGUGCUGAGCUGCUGGCUGGAAUACCAGUACAUAGAAAUCCUGCACUGCAUCGUCCAGCUCCUCGUUUCACUCCUGGGAUUUGUUUAUGCCUGCUACAUCGUCAGCACUUCCUUAGAUGAGGAAGACAGCUUUAAUUUCAUUGGUGAAUUUCAUCAUCCAUGUAAACCCUCUCAGUUGAUCUUCUAGUGUACAGUCCUGCGGAUUAUAAAUAACCACAAAAAUAAAGUGGUUGAGGAAAAGCCGAGAAGGAGCCGGGCAGAAGGGGAGACAACUUCAUCGACUGUCAUCGUGUAAUUGCUUUGGCCUGGUUGUCAAUAAAAACAUCUGUCGCAGAUGCUGAACCUCACUGUGCACAAACUGUACACACUGUCCUGAGUUAAGAGGGGAAUGUUACUGUACAUCCAGUAUAUCACUGUAUAAAAAGUGUAGACCUACUCAUAAUGUGUUUUUCCUCAGGCCUCAAAUGCAGUAAAUCUACAUCUACCUCUGUAUGUGUGUGUGUGUGUGUGCGCGCGUGUUCAAAAGAGAUAGAAAUCACUAGAUAUUAACCACUCAAGUACAAAAGAAAAGUGUGAUUUAAAAGAUGUAAAUAAAUAGCUGUUUUUUUCUGAUGUUUUGUAAAAUGUAUAAAUUAUUAAUAAGUGUCAUUUCAGUUAGAAAAAGUGACCAUCCCAACGUGUGUAGUGUAUGAUGCAAUUCAGUGAAAUAAACCACGUCUACAAUACACCUUUUAA